AUGUUAUUUUUUAUUAACGAAACAAAACGACAUUCCAGUGUUAAAAACUCAUAUGAUGUUUUGUUUUUUGGCUCCGAUAACAUUGCUCUUGAUAGCCUAAAAAAAGUGAACGAAUUCAGAAUAAAAGAAAAACUUAUCGGACGUCUUGAUCUCGUAACAGCAAAUACUUCUAAAAAUAAAUAUGCCAUAGAAAAAUAUGCCAAUUCAGAAUCUUUGAACACUUUAGCAUGGCCUUUGCAAAAUUUAGUUUCCGGCGAAUACGACAUUGGUUUAAUAGUAGCCUUUGGUCACCUUAUUAAGAAUAACAUUCUUGAAAAAUUCCCUCUAGGAAUGGUUAAUAUGCAUCCAAGUAUACUCCCUCGGUGGAGAGGUGCUGCACCUGUCAUUUAUACUCUCUUACAUGGUGAUCAUAUAUCUGGAGUCUCGCUCAUGAAAAUAAAACCAGAUGUUUUUGAUGUAGGUGAAAUAAUUAGUCAAAAAGUAGUACCAGUUACAAAAGAUAUUAAGUUACCAGAGUUAACGAAACAGUUAUCAAGUAUUGGUGCUGAUAUGCUAGUAGAAUGCCUGAGAAAUUUGCCACAAAGCUUAGAAAACGCCCGACCUCAAAGUAAUGAAGGAGUAACAUAUGCGAGAAAAAUCAAUAAAAGUAUAAGUGAAGUGAGAUGGACAGAAAUGAAUGCCUUGGAUGUAUACAAUUUAUACCGAGCAAUCUAUGGAAUGUAUCCUCUUAAAACGAGAUUUAGAGACAAAGAACUAAAACUGUUUAAUGCAUUUCUGGACAAUUUUGAAGAAGUUGAACAAUCCAAUAAACCCCCUGGUACUAUAGAAUAUUGUAAGAAAACUAAUGCCAUAAGGAUAUUGUGUAGAGACAGAAAAUAUAUUUAUUUUAAAUCACUUAGAAUAGUUGGUAAAAGAGAGAUAACGGCUUUGGAUUUUUAUAAUGGCUAUAUUAAAAAUAUACCAUCACAGAAGAGAUAUUUAAUGGUUUGUUAA